AUGCGUCCCGAAGUCGAGCAAGAGCUCGCCCACACGCUCCUCGUCGAGCUUCUGGCAUAUCAAUUUGCCUCGCCUGUGAGGUGGAUUGAGACUCAAGAUGUUAUCCUCGAGAAGAACCGAACAGAGCGGAUUGUUGAAAUUGGUCCUGCGGACACGCUCGGAGGCAUGGCCAAGAGAACCCUGGCCUCCAAAUACGAAGCAUACGACGCAGCCACUUCUGUGCAGAGACAAGUCUUAGCCUACAACAAAGAUUUGAAGGAAAUAUACUAUGAUGUUGAUCCUGUCGAAGAAGAACCUGCGCCAGCCGCUGCCGCCCCGUCAUCCUCCGCUCCCGUACAAGCAGCUCCCACGCCAGCUGCUGCUGCACCUGCUGCAGCUCCUCCUCCACCAGCGGCCGGCGCCGGCCCAGCAGCAGCUGUUCCUGAUGCGCCUGUCGGUGCUGUCGACAUCCUGCGAGCACUUGUCGCACAGAAACUCAAGAAACCGCUAGCGGACAUCCCGCUGAGCAAGGCCAUCAAGGAUCUGGUGGGCGGAAAGUCAACACUGCAAAAUGAAAUCCUGGGUGACCUGGGGAAAGAGUUCGGUAACACACCAGAGAAGCCUGAAGACACUCCCCUUGACGAAUUGGGCGCUUCGAUGCAAUCAACUUUCAAUGGGCAACUGGGCAAACAAUCACAGUCUUUAAUUGCUCGCUUAGUGUCCUCCAAAAUGCCUGGAGGCUUCAAUAUCACAGCUGUGCGAAAAUUCCUGGAGACCAGCUUUGGUCUUGGUCCUGGAAGGCAAGAUGGCGUUCUUCUACUCGCUCUUACCAUGGAACCUCCAUCUCGUUUGGGCUCCGAGACUGACGCCAAAGCCUACCUUACCGACGUUGCCCAGAAAUACGCCGCAACCGCAGGGAUCAGCCUGUCAUCCGCCUCAUCUGGUGGUCCAGCUGCCGGUGGUGCAGGCGCUGGUAUGAUGAUGGACCCUGCGGCCAUUGAUGCUUUGACGAAAGACCAGAGAGCUCUCUUCAAGCAACAACUUGAAUUGUUUGCUCGGUACUUGAAGAUGGACCUUCGUUCCGGCGACAAAGCGUUCCUUGGCUCUCAAGAAACUAACAAAGCUCUCCAAGCUCAACUUGAUUUGUGGAAUACUGAGCACGGCGAGGUCUAUGCCUCCGGAAUCGAACCUUCUUUCAGCGCUUUGAAGGCCAGAGUCUAUGAUUCGUCGUGGAACUGGGCUCGUCAAGAUGCUCUGAGCAUGUACUACGACAUCAUUUUUGGCCGCCUCAAGGUUGUGGACCGAGAAAUUGUCAGUCAGUGCAUCCGUAUCAUGAACCGAUCGAACCCAACCCUGAUCGAGUACAUGCAAUACCACAUUGACAACUGCCCCACUGACCGCGGCGAGACUUACCAGCUAGCGAAAGAGCUGGGCCAGCAGCUCAUCGAGAAUUGCAAAGACGUCCUCAAUGAAGCCCCUGUCUAUAAGGACGUCUCCCUUCCCACAGGCCCACAAACCACAAUUGACGCCCGUGGCAACCUUGACUACAAAGAGGUGCCGCGACAGAGUGCUCGCAAGCUUGAGCAUUACGUUCGUGAAAUGGCGGAGGGUGGCAAGAUCACCGAAUACAGCAACCGCACCAAGGUUCAAAAUGAUCUCCGUCAAGUGUACAAGCUGAUCCGGAAGCAACACAAGCUUUCCAAGACGGCCCAGCUGCAGUUCAACAGCCUGUACAAGGAUGUUAUUCGUGCCCUUGCCAUGAACGAGUCUCAAAUCAUGCCACAAGAGAACGGUGACGUGAAGAAACCAGGCCGAAAUGGCUCUUUCUCUCGAGCAACGGUAAAUGGCACGAUCAAGCAGGGCAAGACCGAGACCAUUCCAUUCCUUCACCUCAAAAAGAAGGACCAGCACGGGUGGGAGUACAGCAAGAAGCUUACCGGCGUCUACUUGGAAUGUCUGGAAAACGCCGCUAAGUCUGGCCUCAGCUUUCAGGGUAAGAUGGCUCUCAUGACCGGCGCAGGCGCUGGAUCUAUCGGAGCCGAAGUCCUUCAAGGACUCAUCAGCGGUGGUGCCAAAGUUGUGGUUACCACCAGCCGCUAUUCCCGCGAAGUCACCGAGUACUACCAAUCUAUGUAUGCUCGCUACGGCGGUCGUGGUUCCCAGCUCGUGGUUGUGCCUUUCAAUCAAGGUAGCAAGCAGGACGUCGAAGCUCUUGUUGACUACAUCUACGAUACCAAGAAGGGUUUGGGCUGGGACCUCGACUUCAUUAUUCCGUUUGCCGCCAUUCCCGAAAACGGUCGCGAAAUUGACAGCAUUGACUCCAAGUCAGAGCUUGCGCACCGUAUCAUGUUAACCAACCUGAUCCGCCUUCUGGGCUGCGUCAAGACGAAGAAGUUUGAGAACGGCUUCAACACUCGACCGGCCCAAGUUAUGCUGCCUCUCUCGCCAAACCACGGUACCUUCGGCAACGAUGGUCUCUACUCCGAGUCCAAGCUGGCUUUGGAGACCCUCUUCAACCGUUGGCAUUCCGAGAGCUGGGGCGACUACCUCACAAUCUGCGGAGCUGUCAUUGGCUGGACUCGCGGAACUGGUCUGAUGAGCGGUAACAACAUCGUCGCUGAAGGUGUGGAGAAAUAUGGUGUUCGGACAUUCUCCCAACAGGAAAUGGCUUUCAACCUUCUUGGGCUCAUGUCUCCGGCCAUCAUUGACUUGUGCCAAACCGAACCGGUCUUCGCCGACCUCAACGGCGGUCUGCAAUUCCUGCCAGAUUUGAAGGAUCUUAUGACCAAGCUGCGCGCUGAGAUAAUGGAGACCAGCGCCAUCCGCCAAGCGGUCACUAAGGAAACCGCGAUCGAAAACAAGGUCGUCAAUGGUGAAGACAGCGAAGCCCUGUACAAGAAAGUCACGAUUGAGCCAAGAGCAAACCUCAAAUAUCCUUUCCCUGAGCUGCCAAAGUGGAAAGAAGAGAUUGAGCCACUCAACGCCAAACUCAAGGAUAUGGUUGAUCUUGACAAGGUUGUGGUAGUCACCGGGUUCUCCGAGAUUGGUCCAUGGGGUAAUUCCCGUACUCGGUGGGAGAUGGAAGCCUACGGCGAGUUCUCGCUGGAAGGCUGUGUGGAGAUGGCCUGGAUGAUGGGUCUUAUCAAGAAUCACAACGGGCCUCUGAAAGGCAAAUCCUACUCGGGUUGGGUCGACGCAAAGACCAAUGAACCGGUUGACGACAAGGAUGUGAAAGCCAAAUAUGAGAAGCACAUCCUUGAGCAUUCCGGUAUCCGUCUGAUCGAGCCUGAGUUGUUCAAUGGAUACGAUCCCAAGAGGAAGCAGCUUCUCCAAGAAGUUCAAGUCGAGGAGGAUCUGGACCAGUUCGAAGCUUCCAAGGAAAAUGCUGAAGAGUUCAAGCGACAACAUGGCGACAAGGUCGAGAUCUUCGAGCUUGAAUCAGGCGAGUACAGCGUGCGCUUGAAGAAGGGUGCUACUCUCCUCAUCCCCAAGGCUCUCAGAUUCGACCGCCUUGUCGCUGGCCAGAUUCCUACCGGUUGGUCUGCGAAGACCUACGGUGUUCCGGACGAUAUCAUCUCGCAGGUCGACCAGGUUACGCUCUUCGUCCUCGUGUGCACAGCUGAGGCUCUUCUUUCUGCUGGUAUCACUGAUCCAUAUGAGUUCUACAAGUAUGUCCACCUCUCAGAAGUGGGUAACUGCGUAGGCUCCGGUAUUGGUGGUACGACCGCUCUUCGUGGUAUGUACAAGGAUCGGUUCAUGGACAAGCCGGUGCAAAAGGACAUUUUACAAGAGUCGUUCAUCAACACCAUGGCCGCCUGGGUCAACAUGCUGCUUCUGUCGUCGACUGGUCCCAUCAAGACCCCGGUCGGUGCUUGCGCGACUGCCGUCGAAUCUAUUGACAUUGGCUACGAGACCAUUGUCGAAGGAAAGGCGCGGGUCUGUUUCGUGGGUGGUUUUGAUGACUUCCAGGAGGAAGGUUCAUACGAAUUCGCCAACAUGAAAGCUACCAGCAACGCCGAGGACGAGUUCGCCCACGGCCGUACUCCGCGAGAGAUGUCUCGACCUACCACUACAACCCGAAACGGUUUCAUGGAGUCUCAGGGCUGCGGUAUGCAAGUGAUCAUGUCAGCCCGUCUGGCCCUGGACAUGGGAACUCCUAUCUACGGUAUUCUCGGUCUCACCACUACUGCCACCGACAAGAUCGGCCGGUCGGUGCCUGCUCCUGGCCAAGGUGUGUUGACGACGGCCCGCGAGAACCCUGGGAAAUACCCGUCACCACUGCUGGACAUCAACUACCGGAGAAGGCAGCUGGAUCUUCGGAGACGAGCCAUCAAGGAUUGGCAAGAGUCUGAGCUGUUGUAUCUCCAUGAAGAGGUGGCUGCCAUGAAAGCGCAAGCCGGCUUCGGCUUUAAUGAGACCGAGUACAUCGAGGAGCGUGCCGCACAUAUUGAACGUGAAGCUAUCCGACAAGAAAAGGAAGCUCAGUUCAGCCUGGGCAACAACUUCUGGAAGCAAGAUUCUCGGAUUGCUCCUCUGCGUGGUGCUCUGGCCACAUGGGGUUUGACAAUUGAUGAUCUCGAUGUCGCAUCGUUCCACGGUACCUCUACUGUCGCCAACGACAAGAACGAGUCCGACGUUAUCUGCCAACAGAUGCGACACUUGGGUCGCAAGAAGGGUAACGCUCUGCUCGGUAUCUUCCAGAAGUACCUGACCGGUCAUCCAAAGGGUGCCGCCGGGGCGUGGAUGUUCAACGGCUGUUUGCAAGUCUUGAACAGCGGCCUUGUCCCUGGUAACCGAAAUGCCGACAACGUGGAUCAAGUGAUGGAGAAGUUUGACUACAUUGUCUACCCGAACAAGACGUUGCAAACUGAUGGCAUCAAAGCCUUCUCUGUGACCUCUUUUGGCUUCGGUCAGAAAGGUGCGCAAGCGAUUGGCAUUCAUCCCAAGUACCUCUACGCCACCUUGGAUGAGGCCGAAUUCAACAGAUACAAGGCCAAAGUGGAAGCGCGGCAAAAGAAGGCCUACAGAUACUUCCACAACGGCAUGAUCAACAACAGUAUCUUUGUUGCCAAAUCCAAAGCACCAUAUCCCGAUGAGAUGAUGCAAAAGGUGUUCUUGAACCCUGAGCAGCGCGUUACCGCUGACAAGAAGACCGGCGAACUCGUCUUCCCGCCUACACCGACUAAGAAGCCGACUUCAGGUCCGCAGUCUCUGGAGACCAAGGUUUUGCUCGAGUCUCUGACAAAGGCAAGUGCGGCUGAAGGGUCGAAAGUUGGCGUUGAUGUUGAGGACAUCCGAGCCAUCAACAUUGACAGUGAGACUUUUAUUGAGCGGAACUUCACCGCCAAGGAGCGUGAAUACUGCAACAAGGCACCUUCUCCACAGGCCUCAUAUGCCGGCCGAUGGAGUGCCAAGGAAGCGGUGUUCAAGUCUCUAGGAGUGCCCAGUAAGGGUGCCGGAGCACCACUGCGAGAGAUUGAGAUUCUAAACGAUGAGAACGGUGCCCCCAAAGUUAUCCUACAUGGGGCUGCUCUCGAGGCCGCUAAAUCCGUGGGCGUCAAGAAUGUCAAUGUCAGCAUCAGCCACAGUGACAGCCAGGCCAUUGCCGUUGCCGUGUCGACUGUGGAGAAGUGA